GAGCAACGGUGGAUGGUAAAUAGAUGCCAUUGUCUCCAGUGGUCUCUGGCACAGUGGGACAGCAGCGAAAGAUGAGUGGCUCCGAGGAAGGCAGAGUACAUCAACUGGGCUCCCUGGAUGAGGAACACCUGAUACCCAGCGGCACCAGAUACUCCCUCAAAGGCUUCAGAUUUCAACCACCCUGUGUCCUCAAGAAAGCUACAGGGUAUCUGUGCCACGGUCUUGGCCCCUUUGUGCUGCAGCUGAUCUGCCUCACACUCUCUGCUAUUCUCCUGCUGGCUAUCCUUGUCAAAGUCUCUAAUGUUGCCUACUCCCAAGGACAAGAACAGGCAAAAAAGGAGAAGGUAUACCAGGAGAUGGCCCAGCUAAAGCCUCAAAUAAACCGCCUGUGCCGCUCCUGCUCCUGGGACUGGACACUCUUCCAAGGAAACUGUUACUUCUUCUCCAAGUUCCAACAGAACUGGAACGACUCUGUCACCUCCUGCAGAAAACUGGAUGCCCAGCUAGUGGUCAUCAAAAGUGAUGAUGAGCAGAGUUUCCUGCAACAGACUUCUAAAGAGAAAGGCUAUGCCUGGAUGGGACUGUCAGACCUGAAGCAUGAAGGCAAAUGGCACUGGGUGGAUGGCUCACAUCUGCUGUUCAGUUUCAGGAAAUACUGGAACAGUGGAGAGCCCAACAACGAUCAGGAAGAAGACUGUGCAGAGUUCAGAGGCGACGGCUGGAAUGAUGCCCCAUGUACAAUUAAGAAAUACUGGAUCUGCAAGAAGUCUGCUAUGUCCUGCCCUGAAACAUGAUAUGUCAUCUGUCUGUAACACCUGUUGCCAAAAUGACCCUGCAGGGUGACUGAACUUAACCUUCGAUCUGUGUGUGUCAGUUCCUUCCUCUGUGAAUGAAGAUCUUAACUACAGCUGUCUCUUCAUCUGUCCUCUCCCUCCCUCCCUUCCUCUUUUCCUUCCUCCCUCCUCUCUCCCUCUCCCUCUCCCUCUCCCUCUC